AUGUACAGAUCGAUGUCAGACAAGUCGGUGUACUUGAACAGGUUCAGACCGGAUGUUGUUCUGACGGAAUGCAAAACGUCUGUGUUUUGGUAUGUUUCCAAAAUCAGAUCGGAUAUGCUUUGGAAGAGGUCGAUAUCGACUCCCAAUAGUUUCAAAAACUCGGUUUUCCAGGUCUCAAGCAAGUUUCCAAUCAGAUUGUCGUCUUGGGAAUACUUGAUGUCGACCAGCGACGUGAAUUUCUUGAACGAACCAAGAACCUUACUGAGGGACCCAGAGAGCUGGUCAAAAUUUGACGAAGUGGAGAACACACAAGUAAGUUUUUCGUGGAAACACUUGCCAACCUCGAUUUUCCACUCGUCUGACAUCUUGUCUAGCUGUUUAUCGGAGUUAUUCUUUAGUUCUGCCAACGUCAACGGGAAAUCCACCUUAUAA